GUCUCCGGCCAAUCGGCAGCGAUUCUGCCCCACGGCGGGCCAAUCAGCUCUCCGGGCUCAUGCAUAUUCAUCGCCUUUAGCUGAGUCAAAGCUUUUAGGCGAGUUUGGGUAGAAUCUCCGGCUCUCUCCACGCUGGAGACUUUUUCAAAGAGGCAAACUCCAUCUUUAUAUAUAUAUAUAUAUAUUUAUUUAUAUAUCUCUCUAUCUCUCUAUUUCUCCCUCCCCCUUUCUUAUGAAUGGAAAGUGAAAAGCCCUGGUCUUCUUCUUAACUUGGGUCCUGAGAGGAGGGGGGAGGGAGGGGGAAGGAGAGAAAGAGAGGGAUUGAGUCAAGGGAUUGCGAGCGAGCGAGAGGCACCCAAGGCAGCGGCGAGCGAUGACCAUGACCAGCAUGCCAGAGAGCCUGAGCAGCCCGGUGUCGGGCAAGGCGGUCUUCAUGGAGUUUGGGCCUCCGGGGCAGCAGAUGCCCCCCUCGCCGCUCUCCCACGGACACUACUCCAUGCACUGUUUGCACGCGGCCGGCCACGCGCAGCCCGACAGCUCCUACAGCGCCGCCUCGUCCUUCUCCCGGCCCCUGGGAUACCCCUAUGUCAACUCCGGAGGAGGCAGCCACCCGGGCAACCCUUACAUGAGCUCCGUCCAGUCCUACCCCAACAGCGCCAGCCUGGCCCAGGCCCGCCUCGAGGAGACAGGGACCGAGGCGGAGAAGAGCACGGUGGUGGAAGGCGGCGAGGUGCGCUUCAACGGCAAAGGCAAGAAGAUCCGGAAGCCGCGCACCAUCUACUCCAGCCUCCAGCUCCAGGCCUUGAACCGGCGCUUCCAGCAGACCCAGUACUUGGCGCUGCCCGAAAGGGCCGAGCUGGCCGCCUCCUUGGGACUCACCCAGACGCAGGUGAAGAUCUGGUUCCAGAACAAGCGCUCCAAGUUCAAGAAGCUGAUGAAGCAGGGCGGGGCGGCGCUGGAGAGCGGCGGCGUGGGCUUGGCCAACGGGCGGUCCCUCUCCGGCGGCUCUCCCCCGGGGGCCCCGGUCUGGAGCAGCCCCUCGGCCGCGGGAAAGAACUCCUCCUCGGGCUCCGCCUCCGCCUCGGGCGCCUACAUCCCCAGCUACACGUCGUGGUACCCCUCGGCCCACCAGGAGACUCUGCAGCAGCCCCCGCUCAUGUGAGGAGCCCGAGCCUCCCCGGCCUGCCCUCCUCACUUCCUUCCCUUUGUUUUGUUUUGUUUUGAACCUCUUGGGCGGCAAGGACGACGCUUUUCUGGUGUUUUUUAAAACCCGAUUCCCUGCCCUGCACAGAUGCCACGCGGGGCCUGUUCCCACCGGAGACAGAUGCCACAGCGGACCCACCCGAGGGAGGCCCCGCCAGCAGGGCGGCAGGGAAGGGACUCUCUUGCUGGACAAUCCGGAGGAGCCACGCCGCCGCCACCGGGAACAGAGAGAUCUCUGUGUGAAAAGGGACAAGGGGGGAAGCGGGAGGGGAGAAAGGGGCUCCUCUCGCUGGCCGGCCUGUCUGUCCGUCUGUCGUGUCUGUCCUGAUGAAAUGUAGGUCACUCCCUCCCCAGUUGUCCUGUGGCCUCCCAGAAGGGGAAACGAGCCAUCCUUCCCUUCCUUCUCCGUCCCUUUCCUUUUUCCUUUCCACUUCUUUUCAUUUCUCUCCUUCUCUCUUCUCUUUCCUUUUCUCUUCUCUUUCCUUCCCUUUCGCUUCGUUUCUUUUUCUUCCCUUCCCUUUUCUCUCUUAUUCCUCUUCCCCUUUCUCUUCCUUUUUUUCUCCAUCUCCCUUGCCCUUUCUCUUCCCUUCUCCUUCCUUCCCAUUCCCUUUCCUUUUCUCUUCCCUUUCCUUUUCUUUUCUCCCAUUCCCUUACUUUUUUCCCUUCAUUUUCUGAUCCUUCCCUUCUCUUUUGCUUUCUUUCCCUUUUCUCUUUUUUCUUCUUUCUUUUCCUUUAAUUUCCCUUCUCUUUCCCUUUCACUUCAUUUCCUUUUCUUCCCUUCCCUUUUCUCUUCUAAUUCCUUUUCUCCUUUCCUUUCCCCUUGCUUCCCGUUUCUCCUUCCUUCCCUUUUCUUUUCUCCCAUUCGCUUGCCUUUUUCCUUCCCUUCCCUCUCUUGCUUUCUCUUCUCUUUCUUUUCCCUUCUCUUCCGUUCCCUUUCAUUUCCCUUUCCCCCUUCUUUGCCCUUCCUUUUCCCUUCCCUCCCCUUUCUCUUCUCUUUCCUUUCCCUUCCUUUCUCUUUCAUUUUCUCUUCCCUUCACUUCCAUGUCCCUUUAAUUUCCCUUUCUUUUCCUUUCCCUUCUCUUUCCUUUCACUUCCUUUCCUUUUCUUAACUUCCUUUUUCUCUUCCUAUUCCUCUUCCCUUUCUCUUCUCUUUCCUUUCCCUUCCUUUCCCUUUCCUUUUCUCUUCCCUUCACUUCCAUGUCCCUUUAAUUUCCCUUUCUUUUCCUUUCCCUUCUCUUUCCUUUCACUUCCUUUCCUUUUCUUCACUUCCUUUUUCUCUUCCUAUUCCUCUUCCCUUUCUCUUCUCUUUCCUUUCCCUUCCUUUCCCUUUCCUUUUCUCUUCCCUUCACUUCCAUGUCCCUUUAAUUUCCCUUUCUUUUCCUUUCCCUUCUCUUCUCUUUCCUUUCACUUCAUUUCCUUUUCUUCCCUUCCUUUUUCUCUUCUUAUUCCUCUUCCCCUUUCCUUUUCUCUCCCAUUCUCUUUUCUUUUCUCCCAUUCCCUUGCUUUUUUCCGUCCCUUUCCGUCCUUUCCCAUCUCUUCCCUUUUCCUACUUUCUUUUCCAGAUUGGGACAUGAGAGAAACCUCCCACAAGGAUAGUAAAAACAUCAAAACACCCGGGAGUGCCCCAGGCAGCAUCCUUGUAGAGGGCCAAUUCUCUCACACUAGAAGCCGCUUGCAGUUUCUCAAGUCGCUCCUGGCACGAAAAAAAUACAAAAAAACUUUCUUUUCCUUUUCCUUUUUGUUUUCUUUCCUUCCUUUCCUCCCUUCCUCUUUUCUUCUUCUUUCCCACUUUCCUUCCUUCUUUCUGUCUUCCUUUCCUUCUCCCAGUUUGUCCGCCCCUCCCGCCCACCCUCCCCCCAAUAUUUGUUGUAGUCCUCGGUGUACAUUUUUGGUUUCCUUUUAUUGUCAAGGGGAAAGGGGGGAUUUCUUAAAUUAUUCUUAUUUAUUGACUGGAAUCUACCACUAUGAUGAGAGUCCUCAUGUUUUGUUUUGUUUUGUUUUUUUACAAAAGAAAAGAGAGAGUGAGAGAAAAGAAAUAAACGUAAGAGCAGAUCUGUUUUGCAGAAGUGA